AUGAUGUCUGAACACCCACCCAGCAGCAACUUGGAAAUUCCUAGUACCCCUGAUCCUUCACGAACUCGCACUCAGCCCCCCGUUGUUCACGUUGUUCCAACUCAGGCCACCGUCACCUUGCCUGACCCUGUGCUAGCUACUUCUGUUUCUGUCUCGAACGUCAUUUCACCCGGUGAGAAGAAGAAGAAAAAAAGAAAUCGACCUAAGAAGACCGGCAAGAAGUUCAAGACGCCUGUUCCGGCUGCCGGCGACUUGAAGACGUUCAUCGACCAUGGGACCACGUGUGACAGUCAAGGAUACCCGAUUUAUCCAAAUGGCAACACCGUGUUUGUCAGAGGACCCCGAGACGAGAUCACCAACUUCGGCUACAUUGCAUACCCGCACACUCAGAAGUCUCAAGGAUCAAAAGCAGAGUCAAAGUGGAAGACUAUCUGGUUUAAGUGUCUCGGAGUGUUACAUUGUGACGACAAAUUCUGUGAUUACGCAGCGCCGCCACUGACUGCCGAAGGCAAAGCAGCUGAACUGAUCCUUGAGUCACCAAAGGCCACCGGCUGGGGUGUGCUUCGUCACUCCGGCAUCCAUAACCAUGUCUGGCCGUCAUCCAAAAAAGCGGAUCCUCUCGCUAUGCGAGCCCUCACGGCUCAGUUAGUUAGCAACCCAAAGGCCGGACCUUUGGUGCUGAAGGUUGGCCAGGCUAGUGCUGGCCAGGCAGUCACUGCGCCUGUGGUGGAAAUUCAUCCUGCCUUUGGCAAUGGAGGCCGCCUUGGAUAUUUACGACGAAAAGUCUUAGUCGAGAAGGGACUGAUGCCCGAAAAGGAGAGUCUUGGAGGGGGUGACCGGCUCAUUAUGGAUCUGUUGCAUUGGGGCAGAAACGGUUUGAGGUUGAUAUCAACAUCUCUUCUCGGCACCGACGUGCACAUCACAUUCCAAUCCGAAUGGAUGGCCGAACAACUCUUUCGACGGGAUAAGGAUAACCGCAUGUAUUCAGGCGGUCUCCUAUCUGACGUGACUUAUCGCUUUUUCAAUCACGGUUACCUCCUCACUACCUCUAUGUAUAGCGAAAUUAUGCAUUGCUGGAUCCCGGUGCAGCUCACCUGGAUGUGGGGCCUUGAAGAAGGCCAUUACCAGGCCCAUUUCACUACCCUCCUCCAACAGAUCUACCAAUCCGACAUUACAUACCACGAGCGCGAUCUCUUAGUUCAACAAGUCGUGGACUUUUCUGCAGCCCAGAAAAAGGGAUUCAUCAGUGCUUACAUGAAUGUCUUCAAGGAAACCGAUCCAUCGAAGGCUUUGAGCAAGUUAAAAGGAUGCCAUGAACAUUAUCGACAAUCAAUUACACGCGUCAAGAGAAAUCGAAACAUCGUGGAUUCAAGUAAACUUGAACUAUUUGAACGCCUCGCGUUAGACCUUCUUGAACCCGACAAGCCUGGAGGAAUGACACUCCGUCAAAAGUUUGAUCAGAUAGCCCGGUUGUUCCCCAAAGCAAAGGCCUGGAUUGACUGGUGGAACACGUCGGACAUCCACAGCAUGCUAUUUGUGGCGCGCGAGCGCCUUCCAUUGGACGAUCCACCCAUUGACGGCGAGGAGCCUCUUGAAGCAAGUCUUCCUGACACCACGAAUGGUCAAGAAUCUAUGCAUCGCCAGUAUUACAUUUUGACGUCCGGUCACUGCACUAUCGUUCAAGGAUUCGUACAGCUACUCCUAUUUACCGAGUCUUUGAAGCGUGACUUCUCCCAAAUUCGAAGUGGCAUCGCGGUGAAGUAUGGGCGAAACUGGGACUCAAUCGUCGAAACCUUAGGAUGGUCUAAGGAGCGAACCCGUCGCAAACCUGACGCUAAUGAUGGACGGCCUCCCGAUACCACCGAUGCGCUCAUUCGGCCUAAGAAGCUCGGGCGCCCUGCAGGAUCUACUAAUGUGAACCGUGAUCGCCACUCCUCUUACCAAUCCUAUUCCGCGAGCAACGACCGAGGCAAGCAAAAUAGGUGUUGGGAGACAGCGACUUUGGAAAGUAUCUAUCCUACAUUCUCUCCCUUGUGGAUGGAGGGCUCGACUGGCAAAGUCAUCUCACGUGAAACGCUUUCUGUUCGGCCGACUUGUUCUUGGAUUACAUCCUGCUCACUAAGCGCAAUGCACCAACAUCGAUCGGACGUCAUUUCACUUAUAAACUCCUCCGGAACUACCAAUCCACCAAACACCCUGCUCAUCAAGAAAGCAAAGUUUCAACCAAGAUCUCUAUUACCAUCACCACAGGCCUCUUCCAUGAAGCCGGCCUGGAAUACUCCAAUAUCACUCAACUUUUAUCUUUUUGGCACACCGACGCAGCUAUCAUCAGGCCGCCCUGACUCUCCUGAUGAUAGAGAACUCAGUGAUAUGUUUCCUGAAUCUUCAGAUGUUAUUCCUCAGCUUUAUGAACGCUCUGUAUUGGACUUAACUACCAAUCCGAUGAAUCUCUACUUCCACCUUGGCAACGCGGCUGCUCUCGCCGAGGACGUUCGUGAUAGUUUCAUGGGGGAGAUGCAAUGGCCUGAAACUCUCACCUUUGGCCAAACUGUUUAUCAAAUCGUCUCACGUGGGUUUUGGGGUUAUAACCACUACUGGUGCAAGGUGGUCAGAUACGUGGAUGGUGUUAUGGGCGUUUGGUAUUACGAUGAUCGCAAGGACGAUGGCCGAGGCCAACUCCUUGGUCGCGAACUCAGCUUCAUCUCCGGGGCUCAAUGUUCGACUAGCUGGCUUGUAUACUCUCGGAAACCGACGUCUGAAGAACAGAAGGCCAUUGACCGUGGGGUAGCCAAAAUACAUCAAAAAAACCCCGACUCGCUAGGUGAUAUCCCUUUUGUUUCAGCCUUGGACAUGGCCGGUGUUGAGGAGCAAAUUGAAGAAGACUUGCCCUCGUAUGAAGUUACUUCAACUGACAAGGGCCCUGGCCAUCAUUUGAAACAAGGCCACUUUGAUAACAAGUCCAAGCAAGCUUUCACAUCAACGUGUCCUCCAGUUCUUGGUCAGCAUGGUGGCCAUGAUGUCAAGAAACAAGGUCGAAGUGGGAAUCAGGCCAAGGCGGCUUUUUCUUCCACUUGUCCUCCAGCCUUGGAUCAUCAACAUGAUGAUGAUCAUACGUACGGGGACGGUGAUAUAUUUGAAAAUAAACUUGAUCAGAUUGCCCAACCUGUUGAUGCGGCAUACGAUUCGUCCAGCAGCGAGGACAUGCUGGAUUCCGUUGAGGUCACCCAUCAACCCUCAGAGGCCAAACCUGAUCCUCUCACCCUGCGCCUCCGUAUCAAGCGACCGGCUCCAGAUUCUAGCCCUGUGAAAUCACCGUCCCCAUCGCCUCUCAAGCAAGGAGCUAGGACGACUAGGAAGAAAUCAAGCGGCAAGAAAGGAGCGGUCAAAGUCGAGCAACUUGAGCCUGUCUUACCACCUGUGGAUUCUCAAGGUGCCAGUGUGGACAUCAAGGCUAAGGCAAAGCCAAAAGGUAGGAAGGAAAAGGUGCCAAAAGUCUAA